AUGUCUGAAUACAAGCCCACCGUCAUGCCCAAGGAUGAGACCCUGCACCAGCAAACGCAGGACGCUCAGCUCGGCGCACCUGGGCUCCAUAUCCCCGCGGACGCCAAGAAUAUCAAAGAGUUCUCCGAGGUCCGUAACGUCGAUGCCAAGGCUCUGAAUGCAAGACUUCACGAGAACAAAGAGCUAGACGAAAAGGCAAAGAUUGCCGCGAGUGGCCCCGGCAUCCAAUUAGUCCAGGACCCCAACUCUGUCAAGGAAUUUGGCGAGACCAGGAACGUCAAUGCCAAAGACUUGAACUAA